GACAAAUCACUUUUCAGCCUGACUGAUAAGACUAGAGCUAGCCUGCUCCUGGCGGGGUGUCCCGUGUUAGUUACAGACUACAAAUCGCCACACAAAACAUUGGAAACGAGAUUCAGAAGUUAUGCAUCACCCUAAACAGAAUCUGAAGAAAUUACGCUUAGUCCAUCAUGUUUGAUCACAAUGGAGAUGCCUUUAAUUCGUCAAGGCAAAAUAAUAAACGUGUUUGUAUUGCAACCGUGUGCCUGGAUUCUAAGGAUGUGGAACACAAGACGCCUGAGGUCAAAAAGGAAUUUGUUGAUCGGCAGUGCUUGUUUCAUAUAUGCGUUUUUUCUUGUUGCUCAAGUGGGGCAAGGUGUCCCACGAGACAUGGUAUCUGAAAUACAGAACUACAUAAGAAACAAAGAGGUCCAUGUGCCAAAGCUCGAAUCCCCUUUGGAAAGCCCACAGGGUCCGAGGGCUGUGCGCGCUGGGGAAACCUCUCCGGAUAUAUCAUUUUCAUUACAGCCCAAUGUUGUGUAUAUCACACUCAAAUCCAAACGCAGCAAGCCUGCAAACAUCAGGGGGACUGUGAGACCGAAACUUCGGAGGAAGCACUCGAUUAAAAAAGCACAAGUCGACCAAAAUGGGUUACAGUUUUUGGGGGGCGAUGGUCACCUCAAUGGGGACAACAGGUUGGUAUCAAAUAAUAACAAGGGUUACGGAGAUGAAAAUGCAAGGAAAACGGUGCAAUCAGACGUACAAGUUAAUUCAGAUAUUAAACGUGUAAUUCCACACCAGAGGAUGAGGAUGGAUAGGAUAGACAGUAAUAUAAGGAUAUACAGUGAGAGUGCACCGCCUUGGUUGAGCAACGAGGAUAUCGAAGCCCUGCGCAUUCUGGCUGAUUGUAAUGUCACCGCGAUUCAAGACCAUACCUCUAAACAUCGGGGCUUGAUCCAGUUUGAAAGUGCAGGUGACCUUUUAUUGAGGCCCUUGGGUGAAAGCAUCAACGGAAUGGAAGAAACAUCUUUUUGUCGAGGACGAUGUGGUCUUGUUAAGAGACCCAUGGAUAUGAGUGAAGUAUUUGCUUUCCAUCUGGAUAGGAUCCUGGGACUGAAUAGAAGUGUUCCAGCUGUAUGCAGGAGAUUUACCCUUUUUCAAGAUGGCCACCCCCGCCCUGUAAUCUUGUGGGAUUCAUCCCUCUCUCCAGCAGACAAUGAGGCACAGUCUACAGUGAGACUUAACUGGGGAUCUUACCAGCACUCACUUAAGCAAAAAUGUUGGCACCGUGGUAUUGUGCCCAAAGCAGAGUGGGGAUGUUCAAAUAUACACCACUUUGAAUGGAGCAAAUUGGCCCUCUUUGAUUUUAUGCUGCAGGUCUAUAAUCGCCUUGACAGGAAUUGCUGUGGAUUCAAACCUCGAAAGGAGGAUACCUGUGUAGAGAGAGGCUUGUAUCUGAAAUGUGAUGACCAAGACAAUAUUGAGCUGGUGCAUAUUAUUCAGAGAAAACUGGAUCCAAGGCAUUUGGUUUUCAUUGACAAUAGGGGAUAUUUUGACAGAGGUGAAGACAAUCUGGAUUUUAAAUUGCUAAAAGGCAUUAAGGAGCUUCCUGAAUCUGCAAUCUCUGUGCUGAAGAGUCAACGUCUACGAGAGAGGCUCCUCCAGUCUUUGUUUCUUGAUAAAGUUUACUGGGAAAGUCAGGGAGGCCGCCAAGGAAUCGAGAAGCUGAUUGACGUGAUCGAGAGGAGGGCAAAGAUUCUCCUUACUUACAUCAAUGCGCAUGGGAUCAAAGUGAUACCUAUGAAUGAGUAAAAGCUGCAGUGAUUUGCUCUCGUGACCAGAAAGCCACAUUGGUUAUCUUGCACCUCUCUAAGUUACAAGAAACUGUAAUAGAGCUGCAGUAUGAGAAUGGGAGGUAGAUGAUGAGAGAGCUUGAAUUUUGGCAGGAUUGUCUGUGGUUUACAUGUGGCUUACUUCCAGUCCAGAAUUGAAAGGAAUAUCAUUUCAAAACAAUAAAAGCACUAUGUAAAAAAAAAAAAAAAGUUAGUAGAGCUAAUAGAGAUCAGUCCUAUUCCAGUUUGUAUUUGUGUGGGAAUACCCCCAAAAAUUGUUUGGCUGUAUUGUAUGAUUUUAUGUUUUUUUUUUUUUUUUUUUCUUGCUAGGGCUUGUUCACAAUUGCAUUUCACUCAAAACAAACACAUUGAUAAUAGGUUGGUAAAAAGUAAGGCUUUCCAAUCCAUUUUCUUACCUGUUAUUAGCAUUUUACCUGAUCAUCAUCUCCCUCAUGUUAUGCUGAAGAUACUUGGUUAUAUGUAUAUGCACUAGAUCCUAGUAUAUGCAGUUUUGAAAGAAACACCUGGGGACAAGAUAUCCUUUCAUAAAAUAAAUAUACAUGUUCACUGUAACACGUGCAUCUUUCAAAACGACACAUGUGAAAGCAACUAGACAGGGAACUAUUAUGAAAUUAAUGGAUAUAUCCACACAUAGCUACAGCCACUUUAAGUGCUUUGUAUUUUUUAAAAAAAGAUCUUCUAUUUGCUAUACUGACUACUCUGGUAUUUAAAGACAGUAGUGGAUUUCAAGACUCUAAAGUCUGUUCAGCUUUAGAAGACAUCUAUGGUGGGAUAAUGGCUGCUGUACUCAGAACCUGAUUGGCUGAGAUGAUCAAGGUUUCUAAAGUAAUAUAAUUCCUUGUGUCCGUUGCUACCCAAUCUUCCAGUGGUUUACCUUCUGUGAUUUAGGUACAUGCUAUCAGACAGCAGACCUGUUCGACCUGUUUGUUUACAUUCCAAAAAGGCGUUUAUUUUUAAUUUUUUUUAAUGGUACCAGUAUAUUACAGGCUUUGAUCCAUUUGAUAUCAACAGUCUGUGGGACAGAUGUUAUUGUUUUAAGUUUAUGUACCAGUAAAUAUAUUAUAAAAGGUAAUGUAGAAGAUUUUUUAAAAGCCUAGUUUGUGUGCUGUUUCCUUUUAGUCAGUGUGCCGACACCUGUUCAUAGUACAACUUAAAUGCACAGUUCUACCAAAUAUAAUAAAAAAAUGUUCUUUUAAAAAAUAAAUUCAGACUAUUUCAUCUUUCAAAAACCCUUUAAAAGAGGAAAACCAAGAUUGAAUUGUCCUAUCUUGUUUAAUUGUCCUAUCUUGUUUAAUUGUCCUAUCUUGUUGAAUUGUCCUAUCUUGUUUAAUUGUCCUAUCUUGUUUAAUUGUCCUAUCUUGUUUAAUUGUCCUAUCUUGUUUAAUUGUCCUAUCUUGUUGCACUAGCAACAUCAUCAGUCUAAAGGUAACCCUGCCAUGUUACCUAAAGCACAGGAAUACAUUAGGGGCCAGAAAGAAAUAAUUUAAUCAAGCAGCUUUUAAUCAAUAGCAAUGCAUUUGAAAAAAUUACAUACCUGAAUGUAAGCAACAACAAAAAAUAUCUUUAGCCCAAGAAUAUAGAAUUAGUGAUAGUGUUUCUAAUGCAUAUGAACUGUAAUUUAAUAGCUUAAUAGCAUAUGAACUGCAAUUGAAUAGCUUAAUAGCAUAUGAACUGUAAUUGAAUAGCUUAAUAGCAUCUGAACUGUAAUUUAGUAGCUUAAUAGCAUAUGAACUGCAAUUGAAUAGCUUAAUAGCAUGUGAACUGCAAUUUAAUAGCUUAAUAGCAUAUGAACUGUAAUUGAAUAGCUUAAUAGCAUGUGAACUGUAAUUUAAUAGCUUAAUAGCAUAUGAACUGUAAUUGAAUAGCUUAAUAGCAUGUGAACUGCAAUUUAAUAGCUUAAUAGCAUAUGAACUGUAAUUGAAUAGCUUAAUAGCAUGUGAACUGUAAUUGAAUAUCUUAAUAGCAUGUGAACUGUAAUUGAAUAGCUUAAUAGCAUGUGAACUGCAAUUUAAUAGCUUAAUAGCAUAUGAACUGUAAUUUAAUAGCUUAAUAGCAUAUGAACUGUAAUUUAAUAGCUUAAUAGCAUGUGAACUGUAAUUUAAUAGUUUAAUAGCAUGUGAACUGUAAUUUAAUAGCUUAAUAGCAUAUGAACUGUAAUUGAAUAGCUUAAUAGCAUAUGAACUGUAAUUUAAUAGUUUAAUAGCAUAUGAACUGUAAUUUUAAGACUCAUGCAGUAUUAAAUCAUUUAAUAGUAUGUACUUUAUAAAUAAAAACAAAGCAUGAAUGA